CAUUGCUGAUGCUGUCUUUGGACUGGUUGAUGGCUAUGGACCUCACUGUGAGCGCUCACCCCGUACACUAUUACACAUUCACAACAUUCUAUACUUGCUUCCUCACUCGCGAAGAGCUCCCUCACUCGCGAAGACCUCCUUCGGAGUCUCUCUGACCUGCUCAUCGAUGGCAUCUCAUUGCUGAUGUUGUCUUGCACUGGUUGAUGGGUAUGGGACUUCACUGUGAGCGCUCACCCCGUACGCUAUUACACAGUCACACAUUCUAUACUUGCUGCCUAACUCGCGAAGGGCUCCUUUGGAGUCUCUCUGACUUUCUCAUCCAUGGCAUCUUGCAAUGGUCAGCUUCGACCAGCGGUCGGAGACUUCUUGCUCCGGUCCCGAGCUUUAUCGCGCUUAACUCCGAUAAGGGGUUUAUGCCCAUAUCAGAAGAUGUCUCAUUGCAAGUUCCCAACACUCACUACCUAUGUACUACACUUCACUACCCUCACUACACAUACGCUUCUGUCAGUCGUUCCUUCUUGUUCUUCACUUGUCUAUCGAUAACCUCAUCUUUGUCUCGUAUCGAGACACACUACGAAGCGAUUCUCAUCUCUUUCUUUACAAGACUACACACAUCUCUGCCAGUCGUUCCUUCUUGUUCCUCAUUUGCCUAUCGAUAACCUCAUCCGAGCCCCUAUGUCUCGAUACGAGACACACUACGAAGCAAUGCUCCUUCCUUUCUCUACAAGUGUAUUUCACUACAUCUUCUCCCUGCAAAACGUACCAACAGCAAACUAUCACCAACGAGCAGUCAGAGCCGCCACUGUUCUGACUGUUGGUCUGGUUGAUACAU